AUGUCGUCUCUCGCGUCGGGCGCGCCGAUGGCGCGCGCGGCGGCUCUCGCGUCGCGGCGCGCGCUCGCGCGGUCGACGGACGCUCCGAUGACGACGAAGACGAAGGUUUUUUCGAAGAGCGCGAGGAGAUCUCGCGCCUCCGUCGUCGUCCGCGCGGACGGCGGCCAGAAGAAGAUCUCCCAGAACGAGUUCACCGAACGCGCGUGGGAGGCGAUCGUCCUCGCGCCGGAGAUCGCGCAGAACGCGUCGCAGCAGAUCGUCGAGACGGAACACCUGUGCAAGGCGCUGUUCGAGCAGAAAGACUCGUUCGCGCUGCGAAUCAUCUCCGAGGCGAAGGGCGACCCCGCGGCCGCGGCCGGGUUCAUCGACCGCUUCAUCGCGCGCCAGCCGAAAGUCACCGGCGGCGCGCAGCAAGUCCUGGGGCGCCACCUCGAGGCGCUCGUGGAGGAGGCGAGGCAGCAAAAAGCCGCCAUGGGGGACGACUUCGUCGCCGUGGAGCACCUCGUCCUCGCCAUCGUGAAAGACGACCGCUUCGGCGGCGCGAUGCUCGCGGAGAUCGGGGUGAACGCGAACCAGAUCGAGGGCGCGGUGACAACGCUUCGUAAGGGUUCAAACGUCACGGACCAGGGCGCGGAGGGGAAGUACGAGAGCCUGCGACGGUACGCGCGGGAUCUCACCGCGGAGGCGCGCGCCGGGCGCCUCGACCCGGUGGUCGGGAGAGACGACGAGAUCCGCCGAACGAUUCAGAUCUUGUCGCGUCGGUCGAAGAACAACCCGGUGCUCAUCGGCGAGCCCGGCGUGGGGAAGACCGCCAUCUCGGAGGGGCUCGCGCAGCGGAUCGUCAGCGGCGACGUCCCCGCGUCGUUGCAGGGCGUGCAGGUGAUGUCGCUCGACAUGGGCUUGCUCAUCGCCGGCGCGAAAUUCCGCGGAGAGUUCGAGGAUCGCCUCAAGGCGGUCAUGAAAGAAGUCACGGACUCGGACGGCGGGAUCAUCCUGUUCAUCGACGAGAUCCACACCGUCGUCGGCGCCGGCGGCAGCGGCGGCGGCGGCGGCGGCAUGGACGCCGGGAACCUCCUCAAGCCGAUGCUCGGAAGAGGCGAACUGCGGUGCAUCGGCGCGACGACGUUGGACGAGUACAGAAAUUACAUCGAGAAGGACCCCGCGCUGGAGCGUCGGUUCCAGCAGGUGUACGUCGCGCAGCCGACGGUGGAGGACACGGUGUCCAUCCUGCGAGGGUUGAAGGAGAGGUACGAGCUCCACCACGGCGUGAGCAUCAGCGACAACGCGCUCGUGGAAGCGGCGGUGCUCUCGGAUCGGUACAUCGCGGAUCGUUUCCUUCCGGACAAGGCGAUCGACCUCGUCGACGAGGCCGCGUCGAAGCUGAAGAUGGAGAUCACGAGCAAGCCCACGGUUCUGGACGAAAUCGACCGCGAGAUUUUGAAACUUCAGAUGGAGGCGCUGUCGUUGAAGCGCCCGGGGCCGUCCGGGCAAAAGGCGAGCCAGGCGGGCGUGUCGGGCAGGCUCGCCGGGCUCGAGGCGCAACUCGCGACGCUGAAAGCGAAGCAGGCGACGUUGACGCAAAAGUGGGAAGCGGAGAAGGGCAAGAUCGCGAUGAUCCAAACCCUGAAAGAAGAGAUCGACCAGGUGCAAAUCGAAGUCAGCGCCGCGGAGAGAGACUACGACUUGAACAAAGCCGCGGAGUUGAAGUACGGAUCGCUGAUGAACCUCCAACGCGAGCUCUCCGAGGCAGAGGCGGCGAUGGACGCCGCGAGCGCCGCGGGCGGGGACGAGCUCUUGAGAGACGAAGUCACGGAGCAGGACAUCGCGGACAUCAUAAGCAAGUGGACCGGAAUCCCCGUCUCGAAGCUCCAAGAGGGCGAACGCGAGAAACUGUUGCACCUCCCGGACGAGCUUCACAAGCGCGUCGUGGGUCAAGAAGCGGCGGUGACCGCGGUGACGGAGGCGAUCCAGCGCUCGCGAGCGGGUCUGUCCGACCCGAACCGACCGAUCGCGUCCUUCAUGUUCUUAGGCCCCACCGGCGUCGGGAAGACCGAGCUCGCGAAGACGCUCGCGACGUUUUUGUUCAACUCCGAGGAGGCGAUGGUCCGCAUCGACAUGAGCGAGUACAUGGAGAAACACGCGGUGUCUCGGCUCAUCGGCGCGCCGCCCGGGUACGUCGGGUUCGAGGAAGGCGGCCAGCUCACCGAGGCGGUCCGCAGGCGCCCGUACAGCGUCGUGCUGUUCGACGAGAUGGAGAAAGCGCACGGGGACGUGUUCAACGUGCUGCUGCAAAUUCUCGACGACGGCCGCGUCACGGAUUCGCAAGGGAGGGUCGUGUCGUUUAAAAACGCGAUCCUCAUCAUGACGUCGAACAUCGGCUCGCAGUUCGUGCUCGAGGGUCUGAACGACAACGACCCGGGAAGCGCGCAACGACGCCGCGACGCGGUCAUGGACGCGGUCCGCGGGCACUUCCGCCCCGAGUUCGUGAACAGAGUCGACGAGUACAUCGUCUUCGAUCCGCUCGAUUUCUCGCAAGUGCAAAAGAUUGUCGCGCAGCAAAUCAAACGCGUGGAAGGCCGACUCGCGGACCGCAAGAUCGGGCUGCGCGUCGCCGACGACGCGACGCAGCUGCUGUGCGAGGCUGGGUACGACCCCGCGUUCGGCGCGCGGCCGGUGAAGCGCGCGGUGCAGCACCUGCUCGAGACGAGCCUCGCGCAGGCCGUCUUACGCGGCGACGUCGCGGAGGAGCAAACCGCCGUCGUCAACGUGGCGCGCGGGGACGGGCCCGCGCACUUGGUCGUCAGCGCGGAGCCGAGGGUGACCGUGGAGGCGCUGGCGGGGAUGUCGCAGCCGGGAGGGUGACGCGUACGUCCCGCCGCCUUCGAUCCCGGGGUUCGACUAGACAGAGAUUCUUUUUUACGCGAAUGCAGAAACGUUUAUU